UGUGCUUUUCAUUCGAGAAUUCCGAGUUGGAUACAUACUCCCGACGUACGAAAGGUCCCCUCGGGAUGAAUGGUUGUUAUACGAAUCAUUGUUGCAUUCUCCCAUUUCAGGAAGCUGCUCGGUUCGAAAACGCCGACUAUCUAUGGUUGCACUUCACAGAAACUCCAUCCUCGUGUUAAACCCUUGUGUAAGUUAGUUACGGAUGCAGUGGAUCUCUACCUCGUUACGUCACAAAAUGCAUAUCCAUUUGACAUGUGGAAAUAUUGUCCGCUCCAGCAAAACGCUCAACGAUCAAUGGUUCCGAUUCUUGCGGAACUCCGAAUCCUCAUCCAGAUUCUCCUCGACGAAGUUUUAGUCAUGCCAAUGCGCGACUCAUACCGUAUGUUCUUUCCCGUGGGGCAAGCUAUGCAUUUAGCGGCUGUUUGGUUCCUGUAUGCGCCUUGGUUUUAUUAUCUUAUCUGAUCUUUUCGAUCUAUUCUUCGUGUGUCCUCUGUACUUGCAAUUCAAUUAGUAGAUUUUCAGCUUCUCUUUCACCAUGCAAUCUCUCUACGAAGUUGAGAAUGAAACUCCUCGUUUAUCCAUUGUUCAGGGAGCGUCAAGUCCUCCGCUGUUAGCACUUACUCUAGGAGAUUUGCUUGAUCAACAAACAAGAAUUCGUGCCGGAAAUGAGUGUUUAGUCUGCCCUACACUGGGAACAAGAUGGACCUAUGGAACAUUACAGGAAGAGAGUAUUGCCGUGGCUCGGGGAUUGUUGUCUCUAGGUAUAAAAUCGGGCGACAGAAUUGGAAUACUAGCUGGUAACUGUGCGGAAUAUAUUUCGGUGUUCUUUGCUGCGGCUUAUACGGGAUGCAUAUUGGUUGUGUUGAAUAAUACAUACACAACUCAAGAGGCCAAGAACGGGCUGAAACAUGCUGGUUGUCGAGUCUUGUUUACAGUACCAAAGAUUGGAAAACAGAGUACCGAAAGACUUAUCUCUGAUUUAGGGCCAUUGCCAAAGCACAAUGGCACUUCUGAAUUCUUGGACAAGGUCGUGAUGUUGAGGGGUGCUCGAGAUGGAUUUAUGAACUACGAUGGACUGAAACGUCAAGGUCGAGCAAGUUCAAUGGCAGAAUUCGAGAGAGUAAAAAGUAUGGUAAAGCCAGACGAUAUCGUAAACUUGCAAUUCACAAGCGGAUCGACCGGAAGUCCAAAAGCGGCAAUGCUUACACACUUCAAUUUAGUUAACAAUGCCAACUCAAUCGGCGACCGAUUGGCCUUCACACCUCAAGAUAUCUUGUGCUGUCCACCACCGCUCUUUCACUGCUUUGGUCUUGUACUUGGAGUAUUGGCAGUUAUCACACAUGGCGCAAAAAUCAUUCUCCCAGCGGAAACAUUCGAUGCUUCUGCGGUACUGCGGGCGGUAUCAGAUGAGAAGUGUACUGCACUCCAUGGAGUCCCAACCAUGUUUGAGGAGAUUUUGAGUCUGCCACGACCAGAGGGCUUUAACUGUGACAAUCUGAGAACGGGAAUAAUAGCUGGUGCCCCAGUACCAAGACCCUUAAUGAAAAGAUUGUUGACAGAACUUAAUAUGAGAGAAUACACAUCUAGUUAUGGAUUAACGGAAACCUCUCCCACUUGCUUCAAUGCCUAUACAUAUGAUACUAUCGACACUCGUCUGGCAACCGUUGGACAGAUCCUUCCACAUCUUCGUGCUAAAAUUAUCGACCGAGAUGGAAAUAUCGUCCCACAAGGCGCAAGAGGAGAGCUCUGCAUAUCUGGAUACUCGCUACAAAAAGGAUAUUGGAAUAAUGAAGAGAAGACAGCAGAAGUAAUGGUCAGAGAUGAAGAUGGAAUCCUGUGGUUGAAGACAGGAGAUGAAGCUUCAUUCGAUGAGAGAGGAUAUUGCUCCAUCACUGGACGGUUCAAGGAUAUUAUUAUCCGAGGCGGUGAAAAUAUCUACCCCCUUGAAAUUGAAACCCGUCUCGAUGCCCAUCCUACCAUCUCUCGAGCUAUUGUCGUUGGCAUUCCCGACCCCAAAUAUGGAGAAGUUGUUGGUGCAUUUCUAGAUAUGGAGGAAGAUUCAGCGGCCGUCAAGAAGAAGUUAUCGGAUGCAGAAAUACGAGAAUGGACAAGAAAAGAGUUGGGAUGGCACAAAGCUCCUCACCAUGUAUUUUGGUUUGGAGAAGAGGGAUUGAAAACGGAAACCCCAAAGACGGGUAGUGGAAAGGUUAAAAAGUUUGAGUUGAGAAGCGAAGGAGCCAGGAUUGUUAAAGAGAGGGGUAUGGUGCCCAAGCCUAGAUUGUAGAUUAAAUUAUGGGCCAGAAAGACUGUCACUGAAGGGUUUCAAUUGGUUGUCAGGUGUAAAUAGAUUAGUUUUGUAUAUAUGGUAGUAUGAUC